AUGCCCAGUAAAGACAUCUCGAGUCUCAAUUAUGACGAGCUGACUAACACAGUCCGUAAGUGUCUAGAGAAAGAGAAGUUCUUGUUAGUCUUGGAUGAUGUAUGGAGUGUUGGUGCAUGGGAAGAUAUCAAGGCAAUACUGCCAUUAGAAAAUGGGGAGGGUAAAGUCCUCAUCACCACCCAAGAGAAAAACAUUGGAAAACGAUGUAUAAACGAAGCUAAUGAAACUCUCCACAAUCUCGGGUUCCUAUCUAUUUAUCAAAGUUGGGAGCUACUCCAGUACUGUUUGGAGGACCAACUCAUGAAAUCCCAAUUGAAUCUUAUGCACGAGUUGGAGAUGAUGUCUCAAAGUGUGAGCGAAGCUUUACAAAACAGGGUGACUCGAAUAGCAGAAGUUGUGGGGUUGAGCUACCACAGAUUGCCCAAUUACUUGAGAGGGUGCUUUAUUUUCCUAGGUGUAUUUCCUGAAGAUUACGAGAUUCCAGCUAAGAUGUUGUGUGAGUUAUGGAUUUCUGAAGGAUUUGUAUUGCCCAGACAGGGAAGAAGUAUUGAGAAAAGUGCGGAGGAGAAUAUGAAUGAUCUCAUCAGGAGGAACUUGCUUGAAGGUGUGAAAACUAAUCUCAUGGGUAAAGUUAAAGCGUGCCGUGUUAAUGCUAUGAUACGUGCAUUUUGCAUAUCCAUAAUUAAGGAGGAGAAUAUAUGUGAGGAGGUUAGACAAUCAUCAGAGACCGGGGAACUUGAAACUUCAGGUGACACAGAUUUAAAAUCUUUAGAAUAUGUUGGAAGAGAAAUUGUAUCAAAGUGUGAAGGGUUACCACUAUCAAUUUGUGUUAUUGGAGGGAUUUUGCGCCUAAAAGAAUAUGAUUUACCAGAAUGGAAAAAGGUAAAUGCAAACAUGCAAUCAUAUUCAAGGCAUGGAGAAGGUGUUGAAGAUUACAAAAGAGUAAAACAGAUGCUAGAGUUAAGCUAUGAUGCCUUGCCUUAUUACUUGAAGCCAUGCUUCCUCUAUUUAGCAUGUUUUCCCGAGGAUCACAAUAUUGACAUAGAGAGAUUGUAUCUAUUGUGGAUGGCGGAAGGCUUCAUUUCAGACCAAGAUAAUGGGCCUAACGAGACUCUAAGAGAUGUGGCCCAAGGAUAUCUAACAGAACUUGUUAUGAGGUGUAUGGUUCAACUCCGUAAAGAUCGUUCCUACUCUUCACUAAACAAAUUCGGUACAUGUGGGUUUCAUAUUUCGAUGCAUGAUCUCUGCUCUUCUAAAGCUGAAGAAGAAAAGUUUCUGAAGCGCAUUGAUGCUUCUAAAUAUCUGGCCGACAUUUUUUCACCAACUCAAAGAAGGUUAGUAAUACCUCCAUCCAUUGGCAAUUCCGAAAGCAGAUUAGCCAUCAAUUGUGACUUCGAGCGUAAAGCGUCAGGUAUAGAUGGGUUAGAGGAAGUUAAAGGUCUCAGAUCAUUUAUACUUUUCCAAAAUGGUUUAAGUUUAUCAACCAAUAUUGGCUUCAAAGAGAGUACGAUUGACUUUAAGACGUCGCAAUACUUGAGGAUAUUUGUGGUAGAAGGUUGUGAGUUUGAAGGGGGAAAGUUACCAGUCAAGUUGGGUGAACUUAUUCAUUUAAGAUACUUGAGUUUACAUGGCUCUGAGGUGGGUGAGCUACCGAAGUCUAUAUACAACAUGCCAUACCUGCAGACCUUAGAUUUGAGAGUCCAUGAAAGAAUUAGAUUGUCGAAUGUGAUUUGUAAGAUGAAAAGACUAAAGCAUCUGUUUCUCCCAUUUCAUGACAUAGAAGUGAUUGGAGGGGAGAAACUAAGACUAGAUGGGCUACACGAGUUGGAGACAUUAGAAUGGAUCAACAGUGAGACAACUUGCAUUGCAGAUAUCCCCAAAUUGAUUAGUCUACAGACUCUACGUGUUAGAGUUCGGGAUGCGGAUAGCAUGUCAAUUGUGUUGAGCAACAAAAAUAGCCAAUUAAGUGUGACUUGUCUUCAGGUUGAGUUAUGUGAUCUAAGUUCAGAGAAAGAUAUGGAGGUUUUAAAUGAGGGGUUGAUGUCUCCAUCGUUGGUAACUUUGAGGAUGUUUGAAUGCAAUAUGAAUGGCAGUUUUCUAUACUACAAACAAGGGAUGUGUGAAAAUUUAGUAACUUUGGAACUACAUAACUGCAAGGGUAAGGUAGACAUGGAGGAGUUUGGCAAGUAUCCCAUGUUGCAAGAGCUAACUGUAUAUGACUUUGUCAAGAUGGCAGAAACAAUAACUUUCCGUUCAAAUUCAUUUCCACAACUCGAGCGCCUUGAAUUAGUCAGGUUGCAAGAUUUAAAGAAAUGGGAAGUGGAAAAAGGAGCAAUGCCAAAACUUACUUCCUUGCUCAUCAAGGAGUGCCCCAAUUUGGAGAAGGUUCCAGAUGGUCUGAGAUUCUCCUCCUCUCUUCGACAGAUGAGAAUCAUGAAUAUGCCAAGAGAAUUUUCAGAGAGAGUAAAGGAAGAAGAUUAUGCGUCAUUUGUGGUUAUUAGGGUCCUUCCUGAUGAAGAAAAUUUUUGGCUGUAA